AUGGGAUUGAAGCCGUAUUUUGGUCUUCGGGGAAAUUCCCUUCUACGUGCCGCCCUCUUCUUGGUCGUAUGUCCAACCUUUACCUGCUAUGGAUACAACAUGGGAGUGACCGGUGGUCUAUUAACGCUCGAGGCGUUCAAUUUGCAAUUUCCUAGAAUGGACACAAUUCAUACGGACGGGGCACUUAACAAACAGAACUCACUAAUGCAAGGUACCGUCAUUGCCCUCUAUACCGUCGGAGGUAUCUUUGGCGCACUAUCAUGCAUCUACCUUGGUGACCUCUGGGGCCGACGCAAGGUGAUUUUCAUAACCAACUUUGUCAGUAUAAUCGGCGCCAUCCUUAUGGCAGCAUCGUUCGAUUUUGCCCAAUUUAUCGUCGCAAGACUAGUCCUCGGUUUGGGCAUCGGCGGAUAUGUGGCGACAGUCCCGGUCUGGCAAUCUGAACUUUCGCCAGCGCAUAAGCGAGGAUCUAACGUCGUCACUAAUGGCGUGUUUAUGGGAAUUGGUGUGACUGUUGCCCUAUGGAUUGAUUUGGGUUUCUAUUUCGUUAGAGACAACUCGGUCUCUUGGCGGUUCCCUCUCGCAUUCCAAAUCGUUAUGCCGGUCACUACAAUGAUUUUCAUCUCAAUACUACCAGAAUCGCCUCGCUGGCUCAUUAAGAACGGACAGGUGGAGGAGGGACGCAAAGUACUCGCGGCAUUGCUCGAUCUUGAUGAGCAUUCGGAUGAUGUCAAUAAGAACGUCCUCAGCAUCGAGACAUCUCUUGCCUACUGCCCAGCGGCGUGGACGGACAUGUUCAAAAACGGCGAGCAACGGCUCUUUCACCGCGCAUAUCUAGCCGCCACAGGCCAAAUGUUCCAGCAGAUGUGUGGUGUGAAUCUGAUCACCUACUACGCGACAACCAUCUUCCAGCAGUAUCUUAAAAUGGACGCCGUGGACUCGCGAGUCCUCGCUGCUGCAAUGACCAUGAUGCAACCCUUCGGUGGUUACUUGGCCUAUUUUACCAUCGACCGUCUCGGCCGCCGCCCUCUCAUGUUAUGGAGUGCUGGAGCCAUGGCAAUCUGCAUGGCAGGCCUGGCUGGCACGACCUCCCCAUCUGCAGCUAAUAACACAGGAGCUCUAGCCAUGGCUGUGGUUUUCCUGUUCUGUUUUCAAUUUAUCUUCACGUUUGGCUACUGCGGUUUAACCUUCCUCUAUGCCGCAGAAUUGGCCCCUCUUCAGGUCCGCGCCGCAGUCAACGCGGUAUCCACUGCCACCGUAUGGGCUUUCAGUUUUAUGAUAGCUCAGGUAACUCCUGUCGGUUUCUCCACGAUUGGAAAUCGUUACUAUAUCAUCUUUGCCGUUGUCAACGCUGCUAUCGUGCCGAGUGUUUAUUUCUUUUUCCCCGAGACCAAGGGACGGUCACUGGAGGAGAUUGACGAGAUCUUCGUGCAAUCAAAGUCCAUCUUCGAUCCCCCUCGUGUAGCUCGCGCUAUGCAAAUGCGUGCAAUACAGAGGAGCCAGUCGAACUCCAAUUGUGGUGACAAUACCGGCGCUGAUGGAAUCGUCAUCAGUGAGGAGGUCAAGUCGUGA